AUGAAAGAUGAAUUAAGGCUGGUACGAAAUGAUUUAAAUCAACUGGAGCAAUAUGAAAAGCGACGUGAUCUUCUUAUUUAUGGAAUUUCAUAUACGAAAGAUAAAAAUGUCACUGAUAUCGUCUUAAAAUUAGAUAAUACAUUAGGUUUAACACUAAAGGAAAAUGAUUUUAACGCAAUUCAUCGUUUACCACCUACAAAAAAUUCAGUGGACAAGACGAAAUAA